AUGGGUGGAAAAUGUCCACCUGCAGAUGGGAAAAAUGCAAACGUACGAAUACGAAACGGGCAGCUGGUGGGAAGGUGGCAGCAGCUGGGAAGCUGCUGCACCUGUCGAUUGCGAAUUCAAGCAUUUGGAAAUUUAAAAAUCAAGGGAGUUUUCGUGUGGCAGAACUCAUUGAGGGCCAGCGGCUAUGUACCCAUCGACGACAAGGGAUCACAGCUGUUCUUCCUGUUUUACGAGGCCCAGAGCAGAGCCCCCGACGACCCGAAGAGGGCCGCCAGUCGCCGCGACCACGCCCCAAUCACGCUCUGGCUACAGGGGGGUCCCGGCUGCGCGUCCCUGUUUGGCGCCUUUUGCGAGCUGGGGCCAGACCUGGUGGACGGGGAGCUGGGCCUGCAGCCCAACCCAGGGAAGUGGAACCGCAAGUCGGCGCUGCUCUUCAUCGACCAACCCGUCGGGGCGGGGUUCAGCCUGCCAGGCAAGGAGCGGUCGAUCCCCAAGGAUGAGAUGACGCUGGCGGCAGAUUUGUACUGCGGCCUGCAGGCCUUCUUCCAGCGCUACCCGGACCUGCAAGCCCACCCGCUGGUCAUAGCAGGAGAGAGCUACGCUGGCAAGUAUGUGCCCAGCAUAGGCCACUUCAUCCUGCAGCAGACGGCGGCGUCUUCAAGAACACUAAGGUUGCUGAUUCCCAGCCUGCGGCCUGCCUCCUCUGUGUGCCACCUGCAGGUCAUGGCUCACGCCGACACCGCCUACUUCCAGGGCUACAUCGACCCUCACCAGCGCGUGAGGGCCAUGACCAUGCAGCUGGAGGUGGUGCAGCUGAUCGCGGCGGAUGAGGGCGGGCGGUGGGAGGAGGCGCAUGGGCUGCGGUCGGGCCUGCUGGAGCACAUUCGGAGCUCGGCGGGGGCCGCCACGCUGCUGGACAUGGGCAGGUACGAGGACUAUGAUGCCGGGAAGCUGGUGGACUGCUACCUGAACCUGCCCGAAGUACAGGAGGCUCUGGGCGUGGCGCCGGGGCUGCGCUUUGAGUCGUGUUCUGACGAGGUGGGGGAGGCGCUGGGGCCCGAUGUGAUGAAGACUGUGAAGCACCUGGUGCCGGACCUGCUGGCGGCGUACCCAAUGCUGCUGUACCAAGGCAGGUGUCCCGGAUCCUGUUGUUGUCGCCACUGCUGCAAGCGGCUUUCAUAUGGGCAGCUGGGCUCCCGUUCUUCCGCCGGCUGCCAGCUGUCGGCUCGUGGCUCUUGUCCUGACAUGCGCUGGCUGGGCAUGCGGGAUGCCCAGGAUGGAGCCGCCUCCUCCGAGGCCUGGAUCUAUGCUGUGGACUGGGAGGGCCGGGCGGCCUUCUCGGGGGCCAAGCGGCACAUACUGCGGGCAAACGACAUGGAGGAGGGAGAAGAGGAGGAGGAUGAGGGGCUGGCAGGGGAAGGCGCUUGGAAUGUCGGCAGCGCCGGGGCCACAGCAAGCAGCGCGGAGGAGGCCGGCGUCGGAGAUGCCCAGCUGUUGCUUGGCGGCGGCGGGGCGGCAGCGGCAGCCAGCGUGCGCCCGCAGCGGCAGCUGCAGGUCACUGCGGCCGUGGCGAGCAGCCUCGACCGUUCUAUACAGCGCUCCGGCUCGCGGCAGCAGACGGCUGAGCGGCAGCAGACUGAUGACCGGCAGCAGCGGCAGGACGGUGGCGGCCCGGCGCUGGGGCGGCGGGACGCCUCGGCGCAGCGGGUGGUUGCGUACUGGAAGCAGGGAGGCGGGCUGACACAUGUGGUGCUGACAGAGGCGGGCCACAUGGUGCCUCGCGAUGCGCCGCUGGAGGUUCGCUGGGUGCUGGAGCAGUGGCUGGCGGCGCCAUGCCUACCGGCAUUCAGCAGCUGCCUGAUGGCGUGCUGGAGUCGAUUUUCGGUCUGCUGGACCCGACAGAAAGGAUUGUGUUGCGGAGCUGGCAGACUCGCUGGCGGCAUGCAGCCGCCUGGAAACGCUGGAGCUCUCCCUCGGCUUUAAUUACGACCUCAGCAGAUGUUUGGCGCCGCUGCACAGCCUUCGGCGCCUGGACACACAUGCUCUGAAUUGGUAUACGAGUGUGACUCUCUCAGAGUCGCUGGGCCACCUGACAGCGCUGGAGCAUUUGCGGCUGGAUGUGGGCCAGUAUCUGGACCUGGAGCGGCAGGACCGAAGCGUCCGCCUGCCGCCGUUCCUGACCAGCCUCGAGAUUUUUCGUGAUUCCCGCAUCGAGUCUAAUGUUUACAUGGAUUUGAUGUUUCCUGUUCAGAUUGGUGACCUGAGCAGACUUUGCAGCCUUUCACACCCAAUGCAAAUACGACUUGCAAACCUAUACGCCUCUCACCCGCAUAACCACCCUCCGGCGACUUAAUUUGCAAUGCGAUGGUUCGAUUCCAGCCUGCCUUCAUCAGCUCACCUGCACUCUCUCGCAGUCUUUCAGUAUAACAAGCAUUAUGAUCAAAAUGUGGACGAUUUUGCGAUUGUGGAGCAAGCACUGCCGCACCUGCAACAGCUGACUUUCCUGGAACUGGGUGUGUGCCCGAAUGCACCGGCAACGUUGUCCAGCCUGCAACAUCUGCACUCUCUUCAGCUAAGAACAGCAUGCGAUGGUGCGGUGCUGCCCGCCGGCCCCUGGCUGGCCAGCCUGCACGAGCUUGGCGCACCGCCCAAUCUUAUUGCUCUCAGCCUGCCAACGCUGGCGGUGUCGCAGCAGCUGGAGGUGCUGGAGGUGCUGGGAGCGGGUGAAGACGAGGCAGACCUGCCCAGCAUUGUGUGCUGGGCGGCCCAGCACCCCAGCCUUCAGCGCCUUUCCUGCAAUCGACACUUCAGCAAUGCGGAAGUGCAUUCCGCUGUUGUGGAGGCCCAGCGUGUGCGCCCAUCUCUCCAAAUUGUCUUUGGAAAUGAGUUGUUGGAUGAUUCGAUGCCGCAUCUGUAGUAGUGUAAAUGCUAAAGUA